GUUAGGCUGUGUCACGCGGAAGGCUACGGGUGGGAUUUGAUGGAAGGCAAGUAACUGCAUUGUCCUGCGGCCGUUGGUUUUAAACAAAUUGGACAACAAAAACUUUAUCUUUUUAGAAAACAAUGUCACUUGACUUUGACAGUGGAGCUCUGCAAACUCAACAUGAAGAAGAAGAUGAAUAUGACCAGGAGGACUAUGCAAGAGAGCAAGAGUUGCAACAACUAUUAACAGACCUUCCCCAUGACAUGCUGGAUGAUAGUGGAGACCAGCUCUCUAAUUACUCUGACUGUAGCAUACAUGAGGAUGCAGAGCAAGCACAUGAACCCUGGGAGCAUGAGGCCAGGUGGAAAGAUCAUCCGCUGAUAACUAAUCCCCAAAGUGGCUAUGAACAGGGACAGAAUUUGUAUCCUGAACAGUUCCUGUAUGACCAAGGAAAUAGUCAUGGUGAAACACAUGCCUGUAAUUGGACUGACCAGCUCAAUGUGGACAAGGAAAGAUGCAUUUACGAAAUUAAAGAGGACUACUCUGAUAGACAGAGUGAAGAGGAUCCUGAUGAUGUGCUUCUCGGCAGAGAUGGGUAUAAAGCACCAAGUCAUUGCCAACAAAACAAUGUAUAUCAUCUCCCAGAAAAUUUUAGACCAUACACAAAUGGCCAUACACAGGAAUUAAAUAACCAACAAAACAAAACAGUAAAGUUUCCAGAUGCUCCAAAGGAACAUCUGAAGCAAUUUGGUGCAUCUGAAGUUGCUAACGGCCAAACUGUGGAAUCUUACAAAGUGACAUAUAAACCAUAUCAAAAUGCCAUUCAGCAAAAAGUCCCAAUAACCCAAGAUGCAACAAGAAGAAAUGAAAUGCUUGAAGAGAUGCAACGGGAGUUUUUGGGUGCUGAGGACAGUUCUGCGGACAAUAUGCAGAUUCUUCAACUUCAGGUUCUUAAUAAAGCAAGAGAGAGACAAUUGGAGGAACUUGCUGAAAAGAUGGAGAAGAGUGCACAGCAGAUUAGAUAUCUGAAUCAUCAGCUUGCAAUGGUCAAAGAUGAAAAGGAUGGCUUGGCCCUCAGCCUCCAGGAAUCCCAAAAACUGUAUCAAAAUGGAAAAGAACGGGAGGUACAUCUUGAAGGUCAAAUUAAAGCACUUGAAACCCAAAUUCAAACUCAUACUGUCAACGAGGAGCAGCUAUUCAAACAAUCCAAAGUGGCAGAGUUAGCCAUGGAGAGCAUGCAGCAGCAGCUGUUAGAGCUUCGGCGUUCUGACUCUCUUCAGCGAGCCAGAGACCAGCAUGAGACCAUAGUUGCAGCCCUGAAGCAGAAGUAUGAAGAGCAAGUAUGGUCAUUAGAACAGAAACUUGAUGCUACAAACUCUGCACUACAGGAGCAGGAUCUUUGCUGUAAUCUAAGGGAACAUGUGAAGCAACUCGAAAGAAUGCUAGAAGAAAGCAAACUAGAAAAAACAGAGAUAAUCAAUCGACUGACGAGGAGCCUAGAAGAAAGCCAAAAGCAGUGUGCAAACUUACUGCAAACAGGCUCAAUGCAGGAGACAAAUCAGUUACGAUUACAACUGCAGCAAGCCCAGUCUGCACAGCUGAUAAGCAACAACAUGAACAAGACUUUGCAGGAAGAGCUAACAGAACUAAAGGAAGAAAUUGCUUUGUACGAAUCUGCUGCCAAGCUUGGGGUGUUUCUGAAUGACUCAAGUGGAGAACUUCAUGCGGACAUGACGACUGAUUCUUAUGUGGAUUUAGGUAUUAAAAAUGUCAACUGGAAAAAAUCAAGAUUGCACAGUACUGUGCAGAACAGAGAUUUGGAUAAAGAACUUUCUAAAGAUGAGCUCAUCCUAGAGUUGAAAACUGAAAUGGAACGUUUAUUGGGCAGUAACAAAAUGAAAAGAAAUCAGAUUUCUCAGUUACAAAAUAAUCUUAAGGACUGUCAGAGGACAACAGAAGAACUCAAGCAGCUAUUGAAAACAGAUAAAACCGCAAAUGAGAAUGAGCCUAAAAUAAGUAGCGUAGAAAAUCUGACUGAAACCUUGUGGUCCACUCCAUCUGCUUCUGAUAAUUAUCUUCAAAAAGAGCUUCUGAGACUUAGAAAAGUGAAUCAGGAUUUACAACAAGAAGCUGAGAACUAUAGUUCAUGUAUUCGAGAGCUUAAAGCAAGUGAGGAAAAACUGAAAAUUGCAAACCAAGAACUGUGUAGUCAAAUGAGACACAUGAUUCAGGACUUCGAUCGGGAUAAACAAGAAGCCGUUGACAGGUGUGAAAGAACCUAUCAGCAACACCACGAAGAUACAAAAGCCCAGCUUCGGGAACACCUCGUGGAGAGGCAUGCUGCAGAAAAAGAACAACUCAUUCAGGCUUACGAAGAGACCAUCUCACAGUUAAAGGCUGACAUGGAUGAGUUGAACAAGGAGAUGAUUGCAGUGAAGGAAUGUUACAUAGCAGUCUGUGGAGAGAAAGACACACUGGAAACCACUUUGAGGAAGAAAAUUGAACAAGAGCAGCAGUCAAAGGAAGAGAAGUUCAAGAAACGGUUAUUGGAAGAAAAAGAAGAAUCUCUUAACCAUCUGAAGACUGAACUAGAAGAAAAGCACAGGAAUUCUAUUAUAACAGCAAAAAGCCAAUGGCUGAAAGAAAAAGAAGUCAGUAUUAAGCAGCAAGUGGAAAAUGAAGUGGCAUUAGCCAAAGUCCAGUGGGAGAAGGAACAGAAAGAGAUCAAAGAACAAGCUAUCCAGGAAAUGGAAAGAGUGUGGCAAAGCAGACUGGAUCGAACUCUAGAGGAAACUAAGAAAGCUUUAGUUGAACUCCAAGACUGUGGCAGCCAAACCGACCAAGUAGCCAUAACAGAUGAAACAUCAAGUAAGGAGCUUGCAAGGAUGGUUGAGGAGCAAAAAUUGCAACUGGAGGAGGCACUGAAAGAAAAGGAGAAGGCUGUUAAAGAGGCCUUGAAAGAACUUGAAACAGAACUGGAGAGGAAACAUCAUGAAAAUAUUGCCAGUCAGGUAGAAACAGCUUUGACCAAAGCUCAUGCUAGGUGGCUGAAAGAAUUAACAGAACUUGAAGAGUACAAAGCAAAUCUAAAAGCAGAACGCGGGAAAUGGGAGAGAGAAUAUGAAAUCAGUGCAGCAAAACAGCUAUCGCUAGUUCUUUCAGCAGCUGAAGAGAAAUGGAAGAAACAACUGGAGAACACAGAGAAAUCUGGAGCCAGAACCAAAGAGCUUGAAGAGAAGAUCAUUUCCCUUAGAAAGGAACUAGAGCUAAAGAAAGAAGAAAUCCCUGCAACUGUUAAAGCAGAGCUAGCUCAGGCUCGUGCUCAGUGGAACAAAGAAAAGCAAGAAGAAAUCCUCCGGCUACAGGAACAAAAUGAGCGAGACUACCGUUCAUUCUUAGAUGACCAUAGAAAUAAAAUAAAUGAGGUGCUUGUAACAGCUAAGGAAGAUCUUGUGAAGCAGAAAAAUGAAUUGCUGAUUCAGAAAGAGGCAGAACUUAAGAUGUGUCUGGACCAAAAGCAACGAGAAUGGGCAGCUCAGGAAACAAAGAGACUCCAAGAGGAAAUUCACCAAUAUGAGGAGAAGAUUCUAAUGGAACUUGAGUUCCUGUUAGGAGAAAUCCAUGAAGAACUAGUCAAGAACAGAAAUAAUGAGCAUACUUGGCAGGACACAUGUUCCAAUAGUACCCUUCAGUUGAACCACCAAUACAAGGACAAGCUAAAGGCUUCCCUACAGAAGGCGUUUAAGGGCACAGUGCACACAAUUCUAGAAAAAGCCAGGCAAGAAUGGAGAGAGAAACGUGAAGAACUAGUCUUCAGUUUAAAAGAAACAGAGCACUCUUGCAUGCAAAACGGUGAAGGAGAAACUGGGGACAAGGCAAGACCACCUAUGUAUGAUAUUGGACUCCAAGUAGAAAUACAAAGAAUACUAAGAAGGCAGCCACCUUUGCAAGACACUGAAAUGGAUAAUGAUCAGAAAUGUGAGAAAAGGAACCUUUGGUCUCAUGAAGAUUUUUGCUGUGACCACUGUUGCCAACAGCUUGAAACAAAGGAGAGAGAAUGCCAGGAUCUAAAAAGAAAGCUGGAGAAAACCUGCAGGCACUUCCAGCUUGCAGUAAGGGAACACAAAGCUAAAGCAGAGCAAAUCCGAGAAAAUGAGAGCGUCCUAGAGGCUCUAAUGGAAGAAAACUGUGAGAUGAAGAUGAAGCUCAAAGAUCUGAAAACAUACAACACACCACCCAGGUCAUUGUCGGAGGGGGCUAUUUCAAAACCUUGUACCUCCUGUGAUGGUGUCAAAGGCUUGGAAGAAAUGCGCUCACAGUACAUUAAAGCUGUGGGCAAAAUUAAGGGUGAUAUGCUUCGUUAUAUCCAUGAAAGCAAAGAGAGAGCAGCUGAAAUGAUUAAAGCAGAGGUUUUAAGGGAACGUCAAGAGACUGCCCGGAAAAUGCGCAAAUACUACUUGAUUUGUCUUCAGCAGCUUCUCAAUGAUGAUGGGAAACACGAAGGGGCUGAAAAGAAAAUAAUGAAUGCUGCUAGCAAGCUUGCUACAAUGGCAAAAGUGCUUGAAACACCUGUUCGGAGCACACCCCAGAACAAAAAUGCCCACUCAAUCCUGCUACUAAAUUCUGAACUGCCAACUGGAGUUGAGCAAUCAAAAAGAAAUCACAUUCAUCAAACUAGGCCAGCCCAUAUGGAAAGCAAAUCAUGUGGCAAAAGUAUUGCCAAAAAAGCCAGUGAUCAAGUUGUUCAGAAACGUGUACCUUGUAACUUAAGACAGCAGCUUGAUGCAGUAGAGGCUGAAACACAGGCUGGGCUUCAUGAAACAGGGUCUUCAAAUAUCCAAAGUAGCAGGAGCACUUCUAAACAGCCAGCUGAUAAUUCAGGAGACACUGUGUUAGAAUUUUGUCCUGCUGAAGAUGGAGGAAGGCUUAGAAAUGGCUAUGUCUCAAAUACAGACACAGGUCUGACAAAUCCUGCUAGCACUACAGCACUUCAAAAGACAUCCUCGUGUGUUCCUCAGGUGAAGUUUGGAAACACACGUACACCCAGCCCUACAAAUGGCCUUUCUGACUCUGGGCCAGCUCAUGUAAUGUUUGAGAACCAGACUCAAAGACCAGUCUUACACGAAUUUAAAUGUAACCAGCCGAAUAGAUAUGGGGAGUCAACAUCUGAGAGAACUCAGGGGUUUGAUAUUCAAGAAACUCCAGUAAGGGAUGAUGGAAGCUCUGCUGACUGGAGUUCAGUUAGUGGGAGUCUACAUUUCGAUAGUGGUGAUAUGCCCUUCUUGUAUCCUGUGCAAAAAGCGAGUUCUAAUACAGAAGAACAACAUAUGGCUGGUGAACAGUUUCCUAUGACCAACUUGUUUCCUAAUGCAGAUGAAAAUGUUGGUACAUUUUGUAGGCAAUUUACCAGCAAAGCCAAGAUUCUUGGUGCAAAAAGUGAAGCCAUACUUAACAGUAAAGAGCAACUGAACGUAAACCCAGGACACAAUUCCUACAAGAACUCUGAGAAAUCACAUUGUGAUGUCUCACAACAAUGCAAUGCAACCCCAUAUUCGAGUAUAGGAAAAGGUUACAACCAGCAUUCAAGGAAACUGAUACUGGAUACCAAAUCUUUUCAGCAAGAUAGUGGAUUUGAUAGCCCACUUCCUAACUUGGAUUAACAUCAAUAAUUCUUCAAACAUUAGCUUAAAAGAAACUAAUAUAUUUAAUGCAAACUUGGGACAUGUGGAAAAUCUAUUGUUCUAGAAACUUCUUGUGGUUUUUAUCCAUUUUGUGAUCUCUCAAUGUUAUGUGUCUUGAGACUGUUACAUGAAAAAACAAUCACAUAAAAUUACUUGAAAUAUCAGUGUAGGUUUUUGUUUACCUUGGUCAUCUGGCUUUCACAGUUGUGUACAGUAUUUUAUAUAAGUGUUUGUGUGUUUUUGUUUAAACCAUCUAUUUUUGUACUUUAAGAUUAGUUUGCAGUGCAAUGUUACAUUUUUAUUUAUAUAUAAAUAAAACUACUUUCAAUUGUGAUCCUUUUUUAAAAUCAGUAUAAAAGUUUAGUGUGCAUUAGAGAUUUUUUUUAGAAUCUGUUUGAAAUGCUCAGGCAUUUCAUCCCUAUAAACGCCAGUGUAUAUCUGAGUUAUAAGCAUAAACAUUUACAUAUGUUUUGAUAAAAUGCUAAAUCAAACUUGAGGCAUGUGCCUUCUCUUUGAACAUAUGUACAGUGAAAACUAGUUCACAUCUGACUGGGAAGAAGAUCUUAGCUUUGUUUUCAGUAAAGCAGGGAACUUUAUUUCACAGCUAUUCCUAGAUAGCACUGACUGUUCUCUUAAUUUAAACUAAAGACUUAUCAAAGCAUCAUGAGAAAUAUUACUAACUUCCAUUAAAGACCUGCUUGUGUUCCUUUGAAACA